AUGUUUUCGCCGGCGGAGCGCGCGGAGAGGAAAGCCGGAAAACUGGGCUACGCUCCACGAAAUGGCAAUGUUUUCGCCGGCGGAGCGCGCGGAGAGGAAACCCGGAAAACUGGGCUGCAAGAAAUGGCAAUGUUUUCGCCGGCGGAGAGCGCGGAGAGGAAACCCGCACGAAAUGGCAAUAAUUUCGGCGGCGGAGCGCGCGGAGAGGAAGCCCGCAAAGCUGGGCUACGCUCCACGAAAUGGCCAUGUUUUCGCUGGCGGAGCGCGCGGAGAGGAAACUCGCAAAACUGGGCAACGGUCCAGGAAAUGGCAAUGUUUUCGCCGGCGGAGCGCGCGGAGAGGAAACCCGGAAACUGGGCUACGCUCCACGAAAUGAAUACCCGGAAACUGGACUACGCUCCACGAAAUGGCAAUGUUUUCGCGGAGAGGAAACCCGGAAACUGGGCUACGCUCCCCGAACUGGCAAUGUUUUCGGCGGCGGAGCGCGCGGACAGGAAACCCAUAAAUUGGGCUACGCUCCACGAAAUGGCAAUGUUUUCGGCGGCGGAGCGCGCGGACAGGAAACCCGGAAACUGGGCUACGCUCCACAAUGUUUUCGGCGAUGGAGCGCGCGGAGAGGAAGCCCGGAAACUGGGCUACGCUCCACGCAAUGGCAAUAAUUUCGGCGGCGGAGCGCGCGGACAGGAAACCCGGAAACUGGGCAACGCUCCACGAAAUGGCAAUGUUUUUGGCGGCGCAGCGCGCGGAGAGGAAACCCGGCCGGAAACUGGGCUACGCUCCACGAAAUGGCAAUGUUUUCGCCGGCGGAGCGCGCGGAGAGGAAACCCGGAAACUGGGUUACGCUCCACGAAAUGGCAAUUUUUUGGCGGCGGAGCGCGCGGACAGGAAAUCCGGAAACUGGGCUACGCUCAUGUCGCCGGCGGAGCACGCGCGGAAACUGGGCCACGCUCCACGAAAUGGCAAUGUUUUGGCGGCGGAGCGCGCGGACAGGAAACCCGGAAACUGGGCUACGCUCCACGAACUCGCAAUUGUUUCGCCCGGAAACUGGGCCACGCUCCACGACAUGGCAAUGUUUUCGGCGGCGGUGAGCGCGGAGAAGAGAAACCCGGAAACUGGGCUACGCUCCACGAAAUGGCAAUGUUUUCGCCGGCGGAGCGCGCGGAGAGGAAACCCGGAGACUGGGCUACGCUCCACGAAAUGGCAAUGUUUGUGGCGGCGGAGCGCGCGGAGAGGAAACCCGGAAACUGGGCUACGCUCCACGAAAUGGCAAUGUUUUUGGCGGCGGAACGCGCGGUCAGGAAACGCGGAAACUGGGCUACGCUCAAUGAAAUGGCAAUGUUUUCGCCGGCGGAGCGCGCGGAGAGGAAACCCGGAAACUGGGUUACGCUCCACGAAAUGGCAAUGUUUUCGCCGGCGCCGCGCGCGGAGAGGAAACCCGGAAAUUGGGCUACGCUCCACGAAAUGGCAAUGUUUUUGGCGGCGGAGCGCGCGGACAGGAAACCCGCAAACUGGGCUACGCUCCACGAAAUGGCAAUGUUUUCGGCGGCGGAGCGCGCGGAGAGGAAACCCGGAAACUGGGCUACGCUCCACGAAAGGGCAAAUUUUUCGCCGGCGGCGCGCGCGGAGAGGAAACCCGGAAACUGGGCUACGCUGCACGAAAUGGCAAUGUUUUCGCCGGCGGAGCACGCGGAAAGAAAACCCGGAAACUGGGCCACGCUCGACGAAAUGGCAAUGGUUUCACCAGCAGAGCGCGCAGAGAACAAACCCGGAAACUGGGCUACGCUCCACGAAAUGGCAAUGUUUUGGCCGGCGGAGCGCGCGGAGAGGAAACCCGGAAACUGGAAAUGGCAAUGUUUUCGCCAGCGGAGCACGCGGAGAGGAAACCUGGAGACUGGGCUACGCUCCACGAAUUAG